CCGUCCGUCCCGAACCGUUCUCGUUCGUUCCAAGCAACUGAAUCUCGCGACCGGCCGACGACAUCCCCGCUAUGAACACGCAUACACUUCGCGAUCUGUGUGCCUGACGCGAACGUUACCGUCGUGCCCGAACUUGAUAUACGUUUCGAGGUGAUCGCGGAUGGUUUCAAGUUGUGUACGUGUUUCUUAACCCCUCCGAGACGGUUUUCGUUCGCAUUUCUCUUAAAUUUUUUUCUACUCUACCAUUACCACGCAUUUACCGUAAGCACACAUAAGCACUAGCGCACGCACUCCAUGAGCGCGUGACAAUAACCCCCACUCACGUCUCUCGAUUCGAAGCAGAGGUUUGCUGGAAACAACAUCUAAAAAUGGGUGUCAGUAGUUCGAAUAGACACGAUCGCUCAUGUCCGUUGGACGGUGAAGUAAAUUUUGAUCAUUUUGAAAUUCUGCGGGCAAUUGGUAAAGGCAGUUUUGGUAAGGUAUGCAUAGUGGAGAAAAAAGAUUCACGACAGAUGUACGCAAUGAAAUACAUGCAGAAGAGUCGUUGCAUUGAAAGGGAUGCCUUAAAGAACGUAUUAAGGGAAAUGGAAAUACUGACUACACUUGAACAUCCAUUUUUAGUAAAUUUAUGGUUUUCGUUCCAAGACGAAGAAGAUCUAUUUAUGGUGUCAGACCUGCUAUUAGGAGGUGACUUGAGGUACCAUUUGGGUCAAGACGUUCAGUUUAACGAAAACUCGAUCAAACUGUUUGCAUGCGAAAUUGGGUCUGCGUUGGAAUAUUUGCAAAGCGAGCACAUUGUUCACAGGGACAUAAAACCGGAAAACAUACUGCUAGACGAAGAAGGUCAUGCACACAUAACUGACUUCAAUAUAGCAGCUACACUACGUGAUAAAAAACUAGCAUCAUCGUUAUCCGGCACCAAACCUUAUAUAGCCCCUGAAGUUUACUUGUGUUCAUUGGGAGAAUGCGCCGGUUACUCUUAUCCCGUGGAUUGGUGGUCACUAGGUGUGACGCUUUACGAGGUAAUGUCGAGAUGUCGACCGUACGACAUUCAUUCGGGUACAACGCCGAGAGAAGUUCGGUCAAUGAUGAUGAAUUCGACUUCAUGCACGCCAAUACCACCGAAAUGUUCAGAACAAUUGAGUGUAUUAUUUCAAAGACUGCUGUGUAUUAAUCCAGAAGAAAGAAUCACUACGGUUAAGAAAUUAAAAUCUGUACCGUGCAUAAGUCGAUACAAUUUUGGAAUGAUAUUAGAAAAACAAAUUCGUCCCCCGUUUACGCCACCGAAGGAUAGGCUGAACUGCGAUCCGACGUUUGAAUUGGAGGAGAUGAUUGUCGAGCCAAACCCAUUGCAUAGAAAACCCAGGCGGUUGGCCAAGCAAAGGUCGUUGAGGACCUCCAUGACGAUCGAAGAUACUGAGCUGAGCAGACAACUUCAACAUUUUAAAUGCUAUAACCGAGAAAAAGAGCUGGAGAGGCGGGAGAUGGAACGUAAGGAACACGACUGGGAGCAAGAGUUGAUCAAAGCUAUGAACGCGUCGACAAUACCGGCGAUCGUACCCGCCAUGGUGUCGGACCGGGGUGGCGACCUGUUGACCGUGCCCAUGAUAACCAACGAGCGGCGGCGGUCCAGUUGCAAGCUGAACAUCUCGCCGGUGAGCAUCCAGACGAGGCUGUACGCCGCGAAAACCGACGGCGGCAGCUGACCGAACCACCCCCACGAGACGCCGGACAACUGAACGCGGCGGAGUGGUCGCGGAGAGACGGUGCCGGGCAGCGCUAUUAAAGAAUGGAGACUCUGUUGGCUUGAGAAAAAAUUGCGCCCCCAAAACUUGUUAAACGUUAUAAUCGUAACGUAGUUGGGGGACGCUAAGAUUUCCAAAAAAUUAGAAGGGUUGCACCCGGCGUCGGCAGUUCCGUUCGAUUCGGAUCCGGUCGCGUUUACACACAACACGAAACACUGUCCGGCAUACCGGUCCAUUUCUAUCAUAUCGAUUGUACGCGGCGAAAAUUUCAUCGCCGUCGGUCGACACGAGAGUCGAUCGCGUGCACGGUGGUGCGUUUUAAGUUUUCACGGGCACUAAUGUUUUCGUUUUUUAUUUUUAUUUUCUCUCCGCUCUCCGUUGGGGACGGUCCCUCCGAGUCGUCCCCGUGCACCCUUCCCCGCCGGUAACGCCCCGCUAGCUGUGCAAUUGUCGCACGACCGUGCGACGAGGGAUUAGAUUUUCUUUACGGUUUCCAUUCUUACGUUUUACUGCGUCCAAACGAGUAUAACCGCUGUAAAUAUUAUAUGUAGCCUUUUUUUUUUUUUUUUGAACUGUAAAUAAAAAUAAUUUUGUAAAUUUUACUUCAGCUUUUAGAGCCAUGAAGGUUAAAGAAUAUCGUACUUUUUACGACUUUCAGGGUUAUUCAUUUGAAGAUUAGAAUAUUACACUGUGUUACGAUCACAGAAUCAACGAAUUGUAACGUUAAUUUAUUAUUU